CCCUAUCUACAUGCCAGUGUCAUAUGCAUGCAAUACUUUUCAACGCUCUAGUUCCGUAAGUUCAAACGAAACAUUAAUCGGUGCUGUGCUCCCUUUAGUUAUAAAUGUCGCAUCUCCCUGUUCCUAAGUCAGUAUGGAAAGUGCAUUAGUCCAUCUGUAUUCCUCUAUUUGACGACAUGGCUUCAUUCCAUUCUACGGAGACUACUGAUCCAAGACCACUUGGGGAAGAGGAUCCCCUCCCCAAAGCUCUUCGUGACAUACCCCAUCCGAUGAGGGUGCUAUGUCUUUUUGCGGUUGGACGCCCCGAUUUUAAAGACCAUUGGAAGUCACUGCAAUCAGAUCAAGCAUUCGAAACCGUUAGGACUAGGCUGUGCUCUAUCUUGGCCAACACUAUCACAGCAGCAGGCGUCCUACUCGCUACAAGUGGUGUAUUCGUCACCACAGGCUCUCCUGUAACCUAUUUUGACUACUCAUCGCCUGCCCCCUAUUUUUUGCUCUUCAUAUCCCUCAUGUUGGCUAUGAUCGCAAUGUUGACAUCCGGCCUGAGCAUGAUACGCUGGCUCCAUACCGAUCGACAGUGGACUCAAGAACAACUCAAGCCAGGUGGCUACUUCGUCAUCUCCCACCUAUUGUCGAUAGUCACCCCCAUGUUCUUCGUCGCCUGGUCUCUGAAUUGUUUUAUCUUUGCGAUAUUGAUAGCAGGCUUUUGCUCCCAAAGCAUCAUCUUCCGCACCGUCACUGCGCUCUGGCUGGUCACAUACGUCGCUAACAUUGCGAUGGUAUCUAUGGAAUUUAUGUGGAAGUACACGAAGAGCGUCACAUCAGGCUAGAUAUCGAUCGCCGAGUGAUUUUCACUUUCUUUCUUUCUUGUUUUACCUGUGCUGGAGUGUACGUUAUAUAUAUGCCUGCCUGAUGUACGUGGAGCACGCCGCAUUACUACUGUGCCCAAA